AUGGAAGGUGGAAGGUGGGCCCUCGCGUCUGAGGCCGCCUCUAACCAAGAUGACGGAAGAUCCAGCUCAUCCUCCCUCCACGAGUACCCUCGCUACCGACGAAGCAUUAGCCUGGGCCAGAUCCUGCAGCACUCGGACGGCCCCUACAACGACGGUUUCAACAGCGCCGGUAGCACGUACCCCGGCAGCAGCGAGACCUCGCCUGACACGCACACAGAUGCCACCGGGCGAGAACUGAGUGACUUCGAGAAGGAGAACCUGCUCUUCCUCAAAGACUUGGACAACAGCUAUCACCGACCCCUGACACAGAGCCUUAGCAAUACCAGCCUUGGCUCGACCUUCUCCGAGGACUCUCUGACAGGAGACUCCACGCCGAGAGGAGGAAGCCCUUACCCGGGUCGCCGUGAAUUCCCGAGGACAGCCUACUCGCCCUCCAAGACCUCGGCCUCCAAGAUUAUCCGCUCCGUCUCGAGGGAGGAGCCAGAGGACGACUUGUCCGAAGGGGAGGCCAGUCGAGACGGGCGGAGGAGACCCGAGGCCACGGGAAGAAAGAUCUCGCUGCCGAUUCUCGCCUACCGGGGAAGUACAAGUGACUCGUCGGCGCCGUCCAGCGUGUCAAGCCUGCAGGGGGCGCCGGCGUGGUGGAACAGCCGGCAGGUGCGAGAACCUCCUCCCAGGAAGUUCUCCCUGAACCACACUUCGUCGUCGCCGUCGUCCAGCUUCACCCAAGCCAAGAUGGUGUUCACGGGCCGCAGCCUGUCGUCCCCGAGCGACCCCCCGUCCCGGAUCCCCAUGGCCACCCACAGCAACGGGGGCUUCCUGCAGGAGCCGCCCUGGAGGUCCCCCAGGGGCCUCGGGUGCGCCUCGUCCACCGUCCCCAACGCCAGCGGCCGAGACGAGGAGAACGAAGAAAGCGCGCGGGAGGUGGCGAAGGGGCGCGCGGGAGAGGCUUCCAACAUUGAGACGGGACGGGAGUAUCAGCGCUCUUCGGAUUUACUCUUGAAACUUCCGUUGCAUCUCCGGAAGUUAGCUGUCAUAAAUCUCCAGUAUUUCAUAUUUGUAGCCGGUCUCUUGUCCUUGCCAAAAUUAGCUGUGUAG